AUGGAGCAGCAACUGAACACAAGGGCAAAGACCCGUGGGCGGAAAGGCCUGGGCAGAAGGGCCCCCGGUGGGAAUAAGCCAGAGCCAGCCAGCCCAGAGCCGGCCCAGCAGGAGCCCCUCUUGCUGAUGAGGGCCUUGUGGGAGGAAGAUGGGGGCUACGAGAUCAGCUAUGAGGUUGGGGAAGAGGACCCCUUCUCUGACUGUUACAUAGAGUGCACCAUACGAGGUGAGUUUUCCGAACCCACGCUGGAAGAGGACCUAUUUCUUAGGUCCUUCAACUGCCUGAGAGGAGGAACAGAGCAAGAGUUUGCUCAGCAGUUUUUUGAUGGCGCAAACGCACUUUUGGAAUGUUCCUUGCAAUACAGGGAACAGGGAGCAAAACAGGACUUUCCUCCACAGAACGGCGGGGAGAAAUCGCUUGCUGAGCAUUCUGAGCACAUGCCAGGCCAGAAGCCUCCUCCCGGAGAAACCCCCAACACUAGCCUGCUGGAUCCCACCCGGCCUGCAGAAUUUGCUAGAAAUAAGCCAAGGAAAAAUGGAGAAUGUGGUGCUCCAGAAAAGUUUGUUUGUCCUGAGAGGGGAUGCGCGAGAGAGCUGAAGACGAGAAGCUCCCUGAGAAAGCAUCUCCAGCUCGUCCACGGCCCCCGCAACCACGUGUGUGCGGAAUGUGGGAAGGCGUUUCCUGAGAGCUCCAAACUGAAAAGACAUUUUAUGGUCCACACUGGAGAGAGGCCUUUCCAGUGCACUUUCAAAGGGUGCGGAAAGCGCUUCUCCCUGGCCUUCAACUUGCGUACCCAUGUGCGCAUCCACACCGGGGAGAGGGCUUUUGCGUGUUCCUAUGAGGGCUGUCACAGGAGCUUUGUCCAGUCAAAUAACCUGAAGUCUCACAUCUUAAGUCAUGCAAGGCAA